AUGCUCACGCAGGGCUCACUGCCGCUGAUUGCGACACUUAGCGGUGUUUCACUUCAUACUUUCAUAUACAGGUUUGGGGAAUGGGACACGACUUCUGUGCUCCUCGUGCAAAUCUAUACCUUCAUCUUCGUGGGCGGCAAUCUAGCACUUUACCUCGAUUUAUUGACAUCGACUGGGCUCGGGCUCUCACCCGUGGCCUUCUCGAGCCUCUGUGGUUACCAUGUCUUGGGUGUUUACACUAGCAUGCUCGUUUAUCGAUUAUUGUUCCAUAGACUCCGGAGAUUUCCUGGCCCGUUCUUUGGCCGUCUGACAAAUUUCUAUGCGACAACAUUGUCGAUGAAUCUACAGAAGCCCAGAGAAGUCCAGAAGGUUCAUCGUGAAUAUGGAGACUAUGUCCGGCUGGGUCCAUGCGAGCUAUCCAUUGCGGAUCCACAGGCAGUGAAGGUAAUAUAUGGUACCCAGUCUUCUGUGACCAAGGGCCCAUGGUAUACGCUACUGGAACCGCGCGUGCCUCUCUUCAUGGCGAGGGAUAAGCAAGAGCAUGCACGCCGUCGAAAGGUUUGGGAUCAGGGGUUUAGCACCAAAGCACUCCACGAUUACGAGCCCAGAGUAUCAAAAUACACCGAUCAGCUUCUCCAGGUCAUUCAUAAAAAUGCCGGGAAGCCGAUAAAUAUCACCCCGUGGUUCACCUAUUUUUCCUUCGACGUCAUGGUCGAUCUUUCUUUUGGCAAAACUUCCAACAUGCUGGUUGAUGGGACCGAAUCUUACAUUCUGCGGACAAUCCGCACAGACAUGGCCAAGGUUGCUUAUUUCAGCCACUUGCCUUGGCUUUUCCCUUUUACCAAAAGAGUGCCAUUUUUGAACAGCAACUACCUUCGCUUUUGGGAAUGGAUAGCUAACCAAAUCUCUGAGAGGGCCGAGUGCGAACAUGAACGACCUGACGUCUUUUCCUGGAUUCUUAAUGAAUACCGCCAGGGGCUACAGUUGCACCAAGAUACGCUGAAUCUACACGGAGAUGCUCAUCUGAUCGUCGUGGCCGGAAGUGACACAGUAGCUACCUCCCUCACCAAUGUUUUCUGCCAUCUUGCUUGUAACCCAGCGAUCGUUAAAGAACUUCAAUCUCGCCUAGACGCACUCCCAGAUCUCGAAUCUCACUGGCUGGCCCAGAUUGACUUGUUUGACGCUAUCCUCAACGAGACAUGGCGGCUUCAGUCUCCCAACCCGUCUGGAUUACAGCGCGUCACGCCGGCGGAAGGGCUAAAGAUCGGCGAUAAGUUCAUACCCGGGAAUGUCGUUGUACAGGUUCCUACGUACACUGUGUAUCGAGACAGCCGCGCAUUCGAGCGCCCGGACGAAUUCAUUCCCGAACGAUGGACAAGUCGUCCUGAGCUUGUGAAGGAUCGCUCUGCUUUUAUUCCGUUCGGCUCAGGACCCUACGCAUGUGUCGGGAAACGACUCGCCUCGAUGGAACUACGACGCGUCAUCGCCGUGAUACUCCAUAGUUAUGAUGUUACUUUAGCACCAGGGCAGUCUGCGAAGGCCUUUUGGGAGGGCCAGCUGGACACUUUUACGCUGGUGGCGCCGUCAUUGGAAUUGGUGUUUACGAGGAGGGAACAGGUUUGA